AUGGCGAAACGUGACAGCCUUACGGUCUGGCUGCCGAAGGAGAUGUACGGCUCCGUCGAGCCAUUCGCCGACGACCGGUACAUAUGGUCACCGAUGCCUUUCGAUGAGUCCUUGCCCGUCGAGCAGACGUCCUUCAUCGACAUGGGAAGCAAGGCCGGCGGACCGACAAACCCAGAGCCAGCAGGUUACGAGCCCCUGGCCCCGCCGCCCCCGACAGUGUUCGCGGGGCCGGCGGACUUGGCCACUUCGGACACCGAUUCCGAGAGGGAGUUCCCCCUCAGGAAGAUCAGCCAGAACCUUAGCCGGGGAAGGCGGCGACCCCGCGGGACGCAACCAGCCCCGCAGAAGCGCUCCGGGGUGGGAGACGGGUCCCGGAACAGCAGGGGUUUUGCGGUGCACCUGGGCCUGAACCUCGACAUCGAGGUGACGCUGAAGGCGAGAAUCUUUGGCGGCCUGGAGAUCAGUGCCUUGUGA